AUGCAUACCUAUUCUAUAAAACAUCUAUUAUAUAAUUGUCUUCGAUUUCUAUCCAAACGAAAUAUUCGUAUUUGUUGUAUAUUUUUAUUUAUUUUCAGUUGUAUAAUUUGGUUACUUUUCUUUGUUAAAAUAAUAUCAAUACAUUCAAAUAAUUUAUAUUCAUCUUCUUCAUAUGAUUUAUUAGGUAAUUGUAUGUUAGAUGAUACACCAUGUUUACCUGAUAUUGAACAAGCACUUAAUCGUUAUUUUUCUAAAUUAAAAAGAAAAUUUUCAAUGUUAUUAACAUAUCAUCCAACAAUUGAUUGUGAACAUGGUCGUUAUUUAUUAUUAAAUAAUGCUAUAGGUUCUCAUACAUUUCAUGGUACUGGAUCUAAAUUAAUGUGGUAUUUAGGUGUACUUAAUAUAGCAUAUAAAUUAAAUUUAACAUUAAUACAUCUUGAUUGGAUUGCUGAACAUACAGAUGAUGAAAAAAAUAUUGAAAGAGAAAAAUAUUGGCAAUUUUUUGAUUGGGAAAUUCCAUAUUCAGCUUAUAAUUUAUGUCCAGAAAAUUCAUCUAUUAAACGAAAUAUAUUUCAAUAUGAUUUAAUAGCAAAUCAAACAUUUGAUCAACAUCAUCAUGGUAAACAACCAUUUACAAUUAAAUCAUUUUUUAAAACACGAUUCAAUCAUUUUAUAAAUAAUCUUUCGAAUGUUGGUUUUACAUUUUAUUCUAGUCGAACAUUUACUAUUACAUCAUCACUUAUGGAAAUUGGCGUAGUUUUUGAAAUUCGUUGGUGGUUACAACAUCGAAAAUUAUAUAAUAAAUAUAAAGGUGUUUGGUCAGGUAUUCCUAUUUUAUCUAAUUAUCAACCAAUUGAUUAUUUUCAAUAUAUUACAUCAACUAAUACAAUCAAUACUAAUUCUCAACUAGAUAUUCAAUGUUCAUCAAUUAAUAUACAUGAUGUUUUAUUAAUUGGUGUACAUAUACGUCAUGGUGAUGUUGUAAAACGUGAUAAUCAAGGUCGGAUUAUAUCGGGUGACCUAUAUCGUUAUAUAGCAAAUUCAGCUUAUGCACCUUUACUAAUUUUUCUAAUUAAUGCAUUACCUAUUCAAAUACAAAAUAAAUAUUUGAUAACAAUUUAUAGUGAAGGUCGAAUAGAUGAUUUUCAUGAUAUACUUAUAAGUUUAAAAGAAAUUUUACCUGAAACACGUUGUCAUAUAUCAUUUUUUUUAAAUGGUCGAACAUCUGAAACAUUUAAUCGUUUAUUACGUGAUGAUAUUUUAAUAAAUGCAUUAAGUACAUUUAGUAUGGCUUCUGGUAUAUUUAAUAGUCGACAAUUAAAAAUAGGACCAUAUCAUAAUCGUGGAAGAGUACAUGGUAUGAGAAAUUAUAUAAGUUUAAAUUUAAAUAUAAAUCAUACAAAAUUUCAAAUAACAGAAGAAAAAAAACAAUUAAUUAAACAACGUAUAGAAUAUAUUUGGAAACAAAAACAAGCACAAAAAAAAACUUCUAUUCCAUUAUGGUUAGAUAAUUAUUCAUCGGAUUAUCCAGAAGAAUUUAUGUUAAUUUAA